AUGACGCCACCUAGUCCGUCUAACGGCAGAAAAGCCAAUGUAUUGUUCGUCUGCUUGGGCAAUAUCUGCCGCUCGACCAUGGCAGAAGGUGUCUUUCGCAGCGUUGCUGCUGCGCACCCCUUGAUCAACAAGAUCGAUUCCUGCGGCACAGGCGCCUACCAUGCUGGAGAGGGAGCGGACCGACGUACCAUGGCUACCCUUCGCCGUCACGGCAUCAAUGACUACAAACACGCCGCUCGAAAAAUCACCUUGCAGGACUUCCUCGAGUUCGAUUACCUCCUCGCCAUGGAUCAGUACAACUUGGAAGACUUAUUGGAUUUGCGCUCGUCCGUUAUAGCGUCGCAGAAGAAUCCUGGCAGCAACCGCCCAGCCCGUGAUAGGGGCACUCGGGAGGCAAUGACAGCGACGUUCGAUGCCAAUGUCGAGCGUGAUGCUCAGAUUGCCGAGGUGCGCCUUUUCGGUGACUUUAGGCCCGGAGGGACUUUGACCCAGCGUAUCGGAGGUGGUGAGGUGGUCGAAGAUCCCUACUAUGGUGGGGCAGAUGGUUUCGAGGAAGUUUACGAGCAGGUGGUACAAUUCUCCAAGAACUUCCUGGAGCAUCUAGAGAAGAAGACUCAGAAUUAG